AUGGCGUGGAAAUCAUCCGGGGUGUGGAACAAGCCCAUCGACAAACCGCAGAAAAAUGAAGAUGACUCAAGCUUCCCGGGACUCAAACCAAAGCGUCCCGAGGCCGCCCCCAAAUUGGAAUAUGAGGAGCUCCAGCAAAACGAGCUCAUCGCCCUUGAAGCCAUUUAUGGAGAGGAUUUCAUGAGGCAUGCAGAGACGCCGGGCGCUUGGAAGAAAUCCGACCCCUCAUUCGAUGUUCGCAUCAGAGCUUCAUCAGAUGAAGACUUUGCAGUUACGCUGGGCGUUGUGAUGACUGCUACGUACCCCAGAAGCCCGCCGCUACUAACACUGAAGAACACUGGCGACCUUCGCGAGGUCACUUUGUUCAAACUUCAGAAGUACCUCGAGACAGAGCCCAAGAUCUUUGCCACCGAGGAGCAGGAGAUGGUGGACCGUAUCGUAGAGGGACUCAGAGACGUUCUCGAAGACGCGGCCCAGGCAAAGGCGAAGGGACUUGAGCUGCCUUCGCUGGAAGAGGAGAGAGCGGCACAUGAGGCUUCGUUGGCCAAGUUGGCCGAGGAGCAGAAACAAGCCGAGGAGCGCAAGAAGGAAGAGGAAAGCAAGGAGGAGGAGAGGGUUCUCGGUGGCUUGUUACAGGUUGAAUUGAAGCGUCAGAAAGAGAAAGCCAAGGAGACACGAAAAAAGAAUCGCCCCAACGGAGGAUUACCAUCUCUCAACACAAUGGACGGUCCCAACUGGCCCGAAAGUGGCCGCAUCAUCUUUGACAGACCUUGCCAGACCACCGACAAGACUGGAAAUGCCAUUUCCUUCCAGGCUGUCUUUGGAAAGUCCGAGAUUGCCAAAGGUCCCGUCUCAACCAUCUUCUCCGUCUGGCCUCUCGUAGGCAGCGGACAAGAGUGCCCCAACUUGGCGCUCAAGGAGACAGUUCUUCGCCCGGCUUCGAAGGACACUUCAGUAUUCAAGAAGCAAAUCCAGUCACUCGAGGGUCAGCUGGAAGCGCUCAAACAGGUGCGUCAUCGCAACUUGCUCGAGGUCUUGGAUUUCAAGGUAGAGCGCGAGAAAAACAAUGUCGAGAAAGCGUCAGCAAGCCUCUGGACUGUCAAUGUCCUCACACCUAGUGCUGAGAAGGGAUCAUUAGCCGAGCUACUUGACUUGGCUGGCCAGUUGGACACCAGCAAAGUACGUGCCUGGACACGGGAUCUAUUGGAUGCUCUGAACUUCCUGCACAACAAGUCUCUGGUACACCAGGAUAUCCAUGCAGGAAACGUGCUGCUCUUCCGGGAACAGACAGGAGAAGUCGUGCCGAAGUUGUCAGACGCAGGCUACCAGAGGGAGUUACAUAACAUCUCUUCCAAGGGACAGGCGCCAAUUGGGUUGAGCUCUGCAAAGUCUGCAUAUUGGCUGCCGCCAGAGACUGCUGCUUUAUCGAAACAGCAUUAUACACAAAAGACGGACAUGUGGGAGUUUGGCAUCGUUUUUCUUCAAAUGAUAUUUGGACUUGACGUGCCUCAAAAAUACCACUCACCCUCUGCUGUCUCCGACUCCAUGUCUCUGUCGCGGCCUUUGCAGGAGUUGGUUACUAGAUUCUUCAAACCGGACCCCAAGAAACGACCCCGUGCUUUCGAACUCGGCUCCAGCGAGUUCCUCGCCACCGACGCCCCUGUGAUCGUCGAGGACACCGCGUCAAUCGCGUCAAACUAUCACUCCGUAAACGCAUUAUCGCCUAUACCUCCGAGAUUGAGACGCGAGUCAACGAAUAGAACUCUUACUUCGUCGAGAUAUCGGGAAGACUUUGACGAGGAAGGUCGUCUUGGUAAGGGAGGGUUUGGCGAGGUUGUCAAAGCUCGCAAGAAGCUGGAUGGGCAGAUUUACGCCAUCAAGAAGAUCAGCCAAAGAUCCCAAGCAAGUUUGACAGAAAUUCUGAAAGAGGUUCGUCUACUAUCGCAGCUCAGUCACCCAGCUGUGGUGCGCUACUACAACACUUGGGUCGAGGAGAUACCAGAUCAGUCUGACACGGAAGGCGACACCUCCACCGAAGAUCUGAACACGGAGGACUCUCGCGAUACUAUUUCACAGGACCCGGCGAUUCACUUUGCAACCAGCACCGGCGGUCUGGAUUUUAUGUCUUCGAGUGGCUAUCCACAAGUGGAGUUCGGCUACGAUGAUUCGGACGCCGAGGAAGAAUCUGAAGAAGAUGAUGAAGACGAUGAAGAAGGCACUGAGGAUGAAAGCGACUCUGAUGACGACGACAGCAGCCAGGCUGUCGGAAAUGGUCCAAGGAGCAGGGAAAUUCAAAGAAGAAUCAAGCCUCAACGAUCCUUUAGAACUGUCUUGUACAUUUCCAUGGAGUACUGUGAAAAGAGGACAUUACGCGAUCUGAUCACUCGAAAACUCUACCAAAACACGCCAGAAAUCUGGCGUCUUUUCCGUCAGGUUCUCGAAGGCCUGGCCCAUAUCCACGGUCUUAGCAUCGUCCAUCGGGACCUAAAACCUGAAAACAUCUUCAUUGCUCACAGUAGCGAUGGGACGGACAAUGUCAAGAUUGGAGACUUCGGAUUGGCCACUAGCGGCCAGUUCGCGGUCGAUAGGGCUCUUCCUAAUACGAUGGAGUCGGACGAUAUUACCAGGAGUAUCGGGACUACGUCUUAUGCUGCGCCGGAAGUGCGCUCCGGGUCUAGCGGAAUGUACAGCUCUAAAGUGGAUAUGUACUCUCUGGGCAUCAUUUUCUUCGAGAUGUGUUAUCCCCCUAUGUUGGGCAUGCAAAGAGCAGAAGUUCUCGAGAAGCUCCGGCGACCAAGUUCUGAACUCCCUGUGGAUUUCAAGCCUGCCGAAAAGAUACAGACGGAUAUCGUCCUGUCUCUCAUCACCCAUAACCCCAAAGAAAGGCCAUCGAGUGCAGAAUUGCUGCAAAGUGGAAAGCUUCCGGUGCAAAUGGAAAGCGAGACCAUCAGACGAACAUUAGCUGGUCUUGCCGACCCCAGUUCGCCUUACUACAAGAAGAUGCUUUCAACGCUCUUCUCACGGCCUCUGGAGCAAGCCAAAGACUACGCUUGGGACAUGCAUGAAGCGAGUCCCAGCCAGGCAGACUUGCUCAACCAAAGCAUCGUCAAGGAAACCCUGAUUUCUAUAUUUCGCCGACACGGAGCUCUGGAGUGUCAGCGCACCUGCCUUUACCCACGGUCGUCCCACUACGCAGAGAACGUCAUGAGACUACUGGACUCGAACGGUACCGUUCUGCAGCUGCCGUUUGAUCUCACAAUGGGCCACGCCAGAAUGCUUGCCAAAGCUAGCGGGACUCCGGGCGUCCAGCGCACUUUCACUUUUGGCAAUAUUUUCCGUGAUAAGGGGGAUACUGGGCAACCUUAUAUGCUGGGCGAAGUUGACUUUGACAUUGUCACGACCACCACCCUCGACAUGGCACUAAAGGAGGCCGAGGUCCUCAAAGUACUGGAUGAAAUUAUUGCCACGUUCCCGUCACUAUCUACGAGCCAGAUGUAUACGCCGUCCAAGGCCUUCUCCAAGCUCAAGACACUGUUUGAAGGCACUGACAUGUAUCAACGAGCUUCGUCGACUCUGGCGCAUUUGAGAGAGGUCUCGGAGUAUGCCAAACGACUUGGCGUUACGAGCAAGAUAUAUGUCACGCCAUUGAACAGUUUGAAAGAAAGCUUCUAUACUGGCGGAACUCUGUUCUCCUGCCUCUAUGACAAGAAGAUGAAGGAUGUGUUUGCUGCGGGUGGCCGAUACGACAGCCUCAUCAGGGAGAAUCGUCCUAGGAUUGGCAGCCAUUACGAAGAGCGUCACGCAGUGGGAUUCAACCUGUCGUGGGAGAAGCUCUCGAGAGCCCCCAAGACGAGCGGAAAAGCAUUCCUCAAAAAGUCGGAAGAAGAGGGUCACAACAUGUUUAGCAGCACGAAGAGAUGCGAUGCCCUCGUGGCCAGUUUCGAUGCUGCCGUCCUGCGGUCCACGGGGAUAGAGAUCCUGCAGACGCUGUGGUCGCACAACAUCAGCGCCGAGCUUGCGAGGGAUGCGCGGUCCCCAGAAGACCUGCUCUCUCGCAACCGUGACGAGGGCUACUCCUGGGUCAUUAUCAUCAAGCAAGACGCCAUCCUCAAGGUCAAGACGAUGGACAAGAAGGACACGCCCGACGUCGACAUACCCAUGGCGCAGCUGCUCUCGUGGCUGCGCGCCGAGAUCCGGGAGCGGGACUCCAAGGAGUCCAAGGCGGCGGUCAAGUCGCGGGCUGGCGGCGGGCAGCAGGCUGAGACCAACGCGACGAUUGAGACGCACCACCAGGAGCAGGACGUGCGGGUGCUGGUGGCGGGGACGCGGAGCAAAAAGUUCAAUCGCAGGACGGUCGUGGAGCAGGCGCAGGUGAGCGCGGCGAGCCUGGUGCGGUCUUUCCUCGACGGACCGAUCCUGGCCAUCGAGACGACGGAUCAGGUGAUGGACCUCAUCCGGGACACGUCCCUGUCGGACGGGGAGAGCUGGCGGCGGGUGGAGCAUAGCGUCACGACGGCGGAGAAGAAGUACGUGAGGGAGAUUCACGACAUGUUGCUGAAUUGGAAGUGGGCGUGGGAGAAGAAGAGCGGCAGCGGCGGCAGCCGGCACGCGUUUUUAUAUAACUUCCGGACUGGAAACUGCGUCUACUAUGAUUUGGGGGCAUAG